AGACCAGUUCGUUACUAUCUAUAGUUUGAAUCAAAAUAUUAGAAGAAUUUCAAUUGUUUGCAUAAUUUUCUAAUAAUCACGUUUGUUUAUUUUAAUAGAUUUAUUUUUAACAACUGAAACUGAUAAUAAAAUAAAAUAUCGUAUAUAUGAAUUACCAAUAACAAAAUUAACAUUAAUUAAAGAAUAUGAUCCACCAGCUGAUGUUGCUAUUUAUCAUUUAUCAGCAUUUGCUGAUAUAGAUGCAGAUGGUGAAUUAGAACAUAUUCUUCCUGUUUGUAUGGAUAAUAGUUGUUCACAAAGUCGAAUUUAUGUUCGAGAUGAUAAUACAGUAAGUUAA